CCCUGGAGAGGACUGAUAUCUCCCUCCGAGAGAAAGAAACAGGACAACGGUGACUUCGCGCAGUGAAGGACGACACUGGAGUGAUGUGACCAGCUCUACGGCGGGCGCUGUGUGUCUGUGGCAGCGGAGGGCCUCUGCGCCAAUUCAUCUUUGCUACCAGUCCAGCAAGCAAUGAGGCUGCCUUGGCUAGUUGCAGCAACCGGGUGCUGUUUGGCAGGGUGCCUCAGCGCCGCUGCACACCCCUCGACGUCACACGAUGCUGCCGACUAUGGCCUGCUGCGGGUGGCGGGGCCAGGACCUGAUAGCGUAUUGGAGGAGGAGGAGUCGCUGCCCUCUUUCGACGUCAGCAGGGGUGAGCCUCAGGGUGAGAGUGUGGAUGCCUAUGUGAAGCUCGACAGCGUCGCGGCAGUGAAGGAGGACGCCUGUGCUGCAGAGCCGUCCGCACCUGCCGUAAGAGAAGACAGAUGCCCACACCCACACACCCUGCAAACACGUGGUUUCCUGACUGUCUUGUCUUGUGUCUGUUGUACUGGUCAAUCACAAAAUGGCAGGUGAUUCAGAGGCCUUUGGCAUCGGCGCAGCGGAUGGGCGAGAGUGUGGCACGGCGCAUUGGCAAGAACCGGGGGGAGGAGUUCUCUCUACUGAUCGACACACAAGUGCUGGACCUGCACACCAAGACCUUCGCUGACGUCGGAGUGGACAGGGAGGAGUGGGAGAGGGUGACGACGGAUGCGGUGGAGGCUGUGCGGAAGUAUCUAUGGACGCUCAUGCCCUUCGCCUCGCCGAUAGUCGUGGCGGCCUUUUUGUUGCUGUGCAUAUGGCCCAUCAUGGGGCUGCUGCUCUGCUGCCCAACGUUGCGAAGGUGAGCCAACUGAGUACACUCCUCGCCCGGCCGGUGAGCGCACUGCACGUGUCUGUCUUUCCCUCCUCUCUCUCUCUGUGUGUGUGUCAGGCUUGGCGAGAAGCAGCGGGCGCGGGUGAUCUAUGUGCAGCCGGCUCGGCAUCCGACACGCAGGACGCCUUACAGGGAUAUCAGUGGGGUUCAUAUCGAAACCAGGGCCACCCAGUCCACAGAGGACUCCCCUGACAACACCCACAGCGACGGCGAGAGCACCCCACCGUCACCAGACGACGACCGGGGGCACCAUCACCAUGACGGCCAUCGGGAUGAGGCCUACUAUCCGAGACCACCGCGGCUGUUGAUGGGCAAGACGCUCCGGCGGAUUCUGUUCUCUGUGUUUGUGUUGAUACUGUUGGCGUCGAUUGGGGUGGCUUUCGCGAGCAUCGCGUGGUCGCUGGCACUGCAUGACGGGGUGAAGGAGACAUUCUGCGCGCUGGCGAGUGUGGCGGACGAGGGCCUCAAUGGGUCGCCCCCCGACACCCCCCAGCCCUUCAUGGGCGUCCUGCCUGCCGUGCAGAUGUUGGAUGGUUUAAAGACAGACCUGGACCCCUCAUCGCCAGGAGGCGUGAUCGACAGCGUAGAGGCCUCGCUGGAUAAGACGCUGGACUUCCAGGCCAACCAGGACGAGCUCAUCGGCCGCCUCGGCUUCAUGAUUGGAGUUUUGGAGGACGAGAAGAACGACCCCAUGAAGGAGUCGGAUGUCGACCGGCGGACCUACCACGCUUGCCUCUACUGUGAAUAUGGUGCGAAACACCUGCCUCCUGAGGGUAGAUAUGGGCGAAUCUCUCUCUCUCUCUCUGUGUGUGUGGGUUUGUAUGUGUGUGUGUGUCUUUGGGUGGGUGUCAGGCGCCCCGAUCUUGCGAGAGUUCAAUCGCUCGCUGGACGAGGGAAUCACCAAGGGCCUCUCAGACAUGCGCAGCACCAUCAAAGAGAAGCUCGCGUCAGGUUCUGAGGACCUCGAGCGCCUCACGCAGCGGCUCAACAGCUUCGACUACAACGCCACGGCCCUCUCUGCCGUCACUGAGGACGUCGUCAACAGCACACUCGUCGGGGGCCGCGCACAGGUCAAUGCGGUGGAGAACGUGCGGCUGGCCGUGUUUGCCGCUGUCGCGUCUCUCGGGGUGGCGAUCGGGCUGUGUGGGCUGGUGUACCUGCUUCAUGUCAACUGCGCCAUUUCCCGGCUGGAGAGGGGCCGGCAGUCCACGGCGUCAUCCAUCUUGAUCAAACCGGCUGCGUGUCUGUGGUGCAGUCUGAUGGCCUACGCUGUCCUGGGUGGGUGUGAGUGAGAUCAGACAGAUCUGUGGAGAGAGGGAGGGAGGGAGGGAGGGAGGGAGAGGCAAUGGAUCAUUCUGCGUGUGUGCAGUGCUUGUGUUGGGAGGGCUGGUGCUGGUGCUGGGUGUGGCGACCAACGACACCUGCCGCUGGGCGCAGACCAGCGUCCUCGACGCAGAGGGCUUGACCAAGUACAACGCCCUCCUGGGGGAUCUGAGCGACAAGGCCCCGGCAGUGGCGCAGCAGUGCCUCACACGCGGCGGGUCAGGGGACGUGCUGGCCGCCCUCGGUGUCAAGGGUCAGGUCGACUUCGGCCCCGAAAUACGGAAGCAGAUCGACCAGCUUGACCAGCUCAAGGACAACGGCACCCUCGACGUCGCACCGCUGCAGAGCCUGGUGGCCAGUGCGCGGGAGUUUGGAUGGCUGUUCUUGCCCGACACCUCGGCCCCCAGCAAGGUGUGUACCCACUCGACGACCUUCCAUCCAUCCAUCUUGCCCAUAUCUCAUCGUGUUGUCUCCGCGUGUGUGUGUGUGUGUGCGCCCCAUCAGGACGGCCAUGAUGUGUCUGAUGUGCCCUUCGAGGUCUCGCUGAGUGGCAUCCAGGACAAGGACAGGCGGAUUGACGAAUCCGACACACAAGCCAUCAUCAAGGAGGCCAUCAAGGCGCAACCAGGUGACUUAGCAAGCGCACGGCCAAAGCCUCAGCACACGUGUGCGCGCAGACAUUGGGGUGCCCUCCUCUCUCUCUCUUUCUCUCUUUCUCUCUCUAUGUGUGUGUGUGUGUGUGUGCGUGUGUGACAGCCAUGUCAGGUGUGAUCGAGGACGCCAUCUUCAGCAGCAACGUCACCAUACUGGGGCUGGAGGAGUACCAGGCCAUCAUUGAGCCCUUUUUCUUCGCGGCUCUCCAGAACGGCUGGACGAUGGACCGGGCCAUGUACGAGAUCACCUCGACGUUCGACCCUGAUGUGAGCAAAGUCCUCACACACCCAGGCUGUCAGUCAUCGUGUUGCCCUCUCUCUAUCUACCCUUUUACGCAGGACGCCAUUGUGAGCACGGAGGCGCAGCGUCGAGCACGGGAAGCGUCCAAUGACACCGACACGAGGAGAGAGGUCCGCAGAACGAACAUAGCCAAGUUUCUUUGCUCUCCGCACCGUACCGUCUGUCUGUUGUGUGUGUCUGGCUAUCUGCAGUACAUCCGGAUGUACGAGAACAUGGUGUGGUGGGCGGUGCGGAAGCAGCGGCUGCGUGACCCGUCAUGGGUCAGCUUCGACUGCCCAACGUGGCCAGACGAGAGCCAGGGCAGCCCGUGCUCAUACCAGGAGUUCACGGCCUACCUCGUCGACGACCUCGCUGCGCCCGUCUAUGAGGCGGUAGGCAACUGUCAGUCAGUGGCACCAAGCCGCACCCCACCCACACGUGGGUGGAUUCUCACGUGUGGUCACUCACUUCGUGGUCGUUGUGGAGUGGGCAGGGUGAGCGGUUUGUGGGUGCGGUCGACAAGGCCAAAGGCGAGCUGCACGAUAAGCUCAGUGACGUGCUCGACGGUACGCGACUGACAGCGGCAGACAGCUGCGGACGCUCCUCUUCUGAUGUGCAGACGCAUGUGUGUGUGUGUGUGUGUGUGUGCGUAUGCAGGUGUGCUGUCUCGCGUCGAUGUGCUGCUUGAUGGCCUGAACUGCAGUAAGACACCCAACACACACACACACACACACUGACACACACGUGUGUCUGUUGCCAUAUACCCCAUGUGCGGUGUGUGCAGAGGUCAUGUACCGCGGAGCCCAGACCGUGUCCGACCGGCUGUGCGAGAGAAUAGUCCCCAACACGGUGCGUGAGGCAGACACAGGCGCACAUGCCGGCCGGGCAUCUGCAUGAACAGGUUCCAUGCAUCUCCCUGCUGUGCAGGUGUUGGUGGCUCUGUCGUGGGUCGCCCUCGGCGCAUUGGCAUUCAUCUCGGCUGCACUCUUCUUCACCGUAUGUGAAACACAACCACCCACGCGACUCGUGCAGUGCACAUCAGCACUCUAUCGCCCCCUCCGUGUGUUGCGUGUGGUUUCUGACUGACACGUGUGUGGUGUGUGCAGCUGUGGUUGAACCUGCGGCGUGCUGCCGACUGCUGCCCCCUGCAGGAGACCGAUGCAGGAGAGGAACAAAGCGUCACGAGCGAAGCGUAGACAAGGCUUGACACACUCUGCCUGCCAGGCAGACAGACAGAUGCCGGCCGACUGGGGGGGUGGGUGGCUGCUGACUGAUUGAUCUGUGUAACUGUGUAAGUAAGUAUUCGUCCCCACAGAGAGUGAAUGUACUGUAGUCUGUCAUCACCUGUAUAGCGGUGGGGAGCAAGCAACGUGUUUUUGAACGCAUGGACGCACUGGCCGGCUGCAGUCAGUGGGGGACAGACCAGACCAGACCAGGGGAGGGAUGGGAUGGGACGGGAUGGGGGCGGGUGUGGUGUCGAUACGUGCGUGCCGUGUGUGCGUCAUGCAUCGAGUCAUUGGUUUGGUCCUUUUUUGUACAGCGGGGAUGGAUGGAUGGAUGGAUGUGGUUGAGUGAAUUUGUCGCUGGGUGGACGAGUGAGUUACUAUCGCUGUCGCUCGCAUUAUUAAUGAUGAUCGCGUUCAUUUGUUAGUCAGCCGGGGCCAGAGGGGCAGACAGACAGACAGACAGACAUGCAGACGUAUUGACGCGCGUGCCCGCGUGUGUGUGCGUGUGUGUUUGGUUGAGCUGACGAUCUUAUGGCUUCCUGUCGUGGUUCUGGGCACCGAACUUACGGGCAUCCGUGUGGGUGCAUGUCUCGACUUGCGGACGGACUGACCGAUUGACAAAAAAUAGUCACUGAGUUGGUCUGAACGCCUG